AUGGAAAUAAAUAAUCAACUGGAUACUAUUACGUGUAUACCAUGUUUAAAGUUUAAAAAACAUGCACCAAAACAUUUAUUAAGUACUAUUAAAUCUUCGUUUGGCUCAUUUGAAUACGUUGAACAAGACGCGACUCGAGUUCAAUCUGAACGUUUUCGAAAUUUAAAAAAAGCUUUAAGACAUCAUUAUUUAAACAAACUACACAUCUGGUGUGUAGAAGAAGAUGAGAAACGAAAGCAAUUAUUCGACGAUUUUUUAAGAAAAAAUGAGAAAGCUGGAUGGAAUGUUGGUCGAGCAGCGUUAUUCUGCAUUCAAGGUGGUCUUGGUGGCCUGAAAUUUGUUGAUACAUUGAACUUAUUGGAUAUCUCUGGAGCAUCAGUUGGAACUUAUAGUGAAUAUUUACAUUCGGUUGAUCCUGUUACACAACGUCGUCGACCGUUCGGCAUAACAUUGGAUAAAGUUACAUUAUUAAAAAGGUCGAUGCAGGUGACAAUUAUGAUCGUAAUGAUUGACGGACAGUUAACACCUCUUUAUCUUCAGUCUCCAUUAUGUCAAACAGAGUUAACGGGGGAAGACUUAGCUAGUAAUUGUGUUCGAGUACUAGAAUCAUUUGGCUUGAAAAAAAAUGCAUUGCAAGAACAAUUCACUGGUUGUGCCGUCGAUGGUGCUUAUAUUAAUUUGCAAAUUGAAAAACAUCUAUGUCAAAAACUAGGAAUGCGAGAGAGAUGGUUAACAGUGUCAUGGGAUAGUGCACAUUUACUUGAAUUAGCAAUAAAUGAUGCAAAGAAACAAACAGGUGGAAAUGUAAGUGCAAGAACAAGACGAAAUAUUGAUACAGAAUACAAAGCAGGUGAUAGCGAUAGUGUUAGUUACAAACAUGAAGAUAUCAAAUCUGUGGAUUUUGUUUGUAAACUUAUUGGUUUAAAUGAUAUCUACAAUAUUCUUGUACGAGCAUCUAUGUCUGUGCAGCAAGUCAAUAAAUACCCGUGGGAACAUGAUGAUUCAAUUCGAUAUUUACAAAAAUGUUUAAAUGGAUAUAGUAAAUUACUUGAACAAUUAGAUUUAAAUAAAACACAAGAAAUGGAUAGUUUGGAAGAAUGUGAAGAACCGGAACCAGUUGGCUUACUCGGACCAACAAUCGAUGACGAUUGUGAUAUACAAGAAGAAGACGACGAAGAUACACAAGUUCGAGCGAUGCCAUCAGCAAAAUAUAUUGAACAAUAUUAUCAAGAUCUAUUGAAAUGUGAAUUCAAACAACGUCCAAUCAUCAUACGACCUGGUGAUUAUGAUUUAGAAGAUCCAACUACACAUGCAAGAAAAAAAUUGAUCGAAUUAUGUCAACAAUUAGUUGAAACAAUUACAACACGGUUUCGAGAGAUACCAUAUAUUUUUAUAUUGAUGAAAAAUUGUUUAGAUGUUUCACGUUUAUACGACCUAGUGGUAUCAACAGGUAAACAAACAAUGAAUGAUUAUGGCAGAGUUGAAUUACAAGGACUUAUUGAAUAUACGCUGUUGAACUCAGAAUAUAUACAGAUAGAUGGAAAUACUAUACAAGAUCAAUACUCCGAAUGGAAACGACGAGUUUUACAUGAAAUCAAAGAGGAGGAUACCCUGGACAUUUGGACAACAAAUGGAGAGUUGAUCACAUCAAAAGAGAUGAAAAGCUUUUAUACAAGUACAGAUUUAUCCGACGGUAUCAAUGAUUUUCUCUACUUUCAUUCAUUAAUGGUACUCAAAAUUAGAAGCGAAGCGAUAUGUGAAUCAGCAGCGUCAAUUUUAAAAGGACAUAUUCAUGGCAACCGUUCAUUACAUCAUGAUUCGUUAGAUAAUGAAGUAAUGCUUCACUGGAAUGCUCCCCCAUUGCAUCUCGCUGAUUCAUUUAUCAAACAUUCACUGGAUCAUUACUUCAGCAGCAAGAAGGAGAAAAAUUGGUUAUUUUAUAAAAAGAGUGAACAAUAUCAAACAUGGAAACUUUUAUCACCUGGCUCUGUUGUACUAAACCAUUUGAGAAAAAAACAAGUACCAAAAUUACCAGAAUCAAUCGAUAAUUAA